CCAACGCGACGAAAUGCUACCAAUGGUUCUCCUGCUUGGCGGGAGAACUCGAGCAGAAUAUCAUAAACUUGGUUCGGGCGGCUUUAAAAGUCAGCCUGAACCAAGCCCAAUUCGCCACCAACUUGAUCUCGAGUUACUACAACCAUUCCCACAAAAAUGCCAAGAUCGGCGAGCGGGCCAGGGGCGCGCUCGGUGAUUGCAUGGAAAAUCUCCAGGACUCCAUGGACUGGAUGAAGAGCUCGAUCGAUCAGGUGAACGAGCUCUACCCGCCCGGGGACCCGUCGGAGUUUCGGUUCAACAUUAGCAACAUCCAGACGUGGCUCAGUACGGCAGAGACGGAUCAAUCCACUUGUACCGAUGGGUUCGAUGAAAUCGUGAACGCAUUGAAGACGACGACGACGAAGAAUGCGGUGGCCAUAUUGGUCCUCAGCUCCGCCGUUAAGGCGUGUGUCACGCCGGUUGCGGACGUGACCGACCUUACCCUGGCUUUGGUCAAUUCUAUUCCUUGUAGACAACUGGGCCAAUUUGUAUCUAACCGAUUGACUAGGGGUGAGCGUGGUAAAACUUGUGGUAUUACUAUUCCAUUCACCCCACUAAUUAUCAUCAUCUUCCUCAUUUCUUCCGCCGCCAGUUCCGACGACAUUGGUUUCAUCGACAAAACGUGCAAAGAUCUACUGCACCGGAGCGUAGACUUCACGAGUUGCAAGAAAUGGUUACUUCCCCUCGCCGGAGGACUCGUGCCCAAAAACAACCGGGAGCUCUUUAAGGCGGCGUUGCAGCUCACCAUAAGCAAAACCACUUCCACCGCCACUAACAUCGCGCAGUACAUUUCCGCCACCAACGCGCCGGCAGGGGGUGCGCUCCGCGACUGCAUGGACAACCUGAAGGAUGCCAAGGCGGAGAUGGCGAGAUCGGCGGAGGAGAUGAAACGCCUUCCCGGCGGCGGCCAAUCGGCGCUUGGUAUUAUUAGCGACAUCCAGACGUGGCUGAGCUCGGCGGUGACGGACGAGGCGACGUGUUUGGACGGGUUAAAAGAAGCCGGGAAGAAGGUGGACGCCGCCGUGAACGCCACCGUGCAGGCAAUGGUGGCGCCGGCGGUGGAGGUGACGCACAUUACGCUGGCUUUGUUCAAUCAGUUUGCUAAUAUCACUAAUCCGUGAUUUACUCUUUAUCUUUUUUAAAGCAAUUACUAUAGUAUUACC